AUGCCUAGUUUCAACGACUUGACGCCUGAGUUCUUGCAAGAGCUCUUCUUCUUGCUCCCACUCAAAGAUUGGAGUGCGCUCAUGUACACUCAAAAGUAUAUGCGCGAUUUCCUGAAGGCCAACGGUAGAGACAUCUGCAACAGAAUCACCCAGGAGAAGUACUCCGUCCAAGCCUCCCUCCUCAACCCUGAUCAAGUCCCCACCGAUGAGGCAACCUGGAUGAUCCCACAGAGCAACCUCAUCCUCAGCGCCGAACACGAAGUGCGGACCUCCAUCCGUGAAGACUCCCAGCCGGCCACUCUGCGCGUCCAAUACCGGCUCUCCGACCCCGGUCCCGCCUUCGUCUACCUCCUCGACAAGUACGCCAUCUCUCUGCGUGUCGCUCGUUACAUUUACACCGACCAGCAGGACUUUGAGAACUGGGUCAAGGAGCAUGUCAUCAAGCACGUCGUCUACGGUUUGAUUGACGUUCGCUUCCAGCCUUCCUCGCUGCUUGACCGUUCCGUCGAGCCCAUUCUUCCUAAGGGAGCUUUGAACUGGUACUACGGUAAACAUGGAGCUUUGAACGCAUGA